CCUUUCGAGUGUACCAUGCUGUUUUCCUGGCGAGGAGGCCCAGGAGUGGGGCGUCUGCUCUUGCUGCUUGUGCUCCUAGCAGCAUGGAAGACGGGGAGCGGCCAGGUCCACUACUCGGUCCCCGAGGAGGCCAAACACGGCACCUUCGUGGGCCGCAUCGCCCAGGACCUGGGGCUGGAGCUGGCGGAGCUGGUGCCGCGCCUGUUCCGGGUGGCGUCCAAAGGCCGCGGGGACCUUCUGGAGGUAAAUCUGCAGAAUGGCAUUCUGUUUGUGAAUUCUCGCAUCGACCGCGAGGAGCUGUGCGGGCGGAGCUUGGAGUGCAGCAUCCACCUGGAGGUGAUCGUGGACCGGCCGCUGCAGGUUUUCCAUGUGGAGGUGGAGGUGAGGGACAUUAACGACAACCCGCCUGUAUUUCCUGAAAGUAAAAAAAGAAUAAUCAUUGCAGAAUCUAGACCUCCGGAAACUCGGUUUCCACUAGAUGGCGCAUCUGAUGCAGAUAUUGGAGUAAACUCGGCCUUGACCUACAGAAUAGAUCCCAACGAUUAUUUCGCUUUGGACCCACAAAACAAUCAUGAACAAACGUCUUCGUUAUCACUUGUGUUGAGGAAAUCAUUGGACAGAGAGGAAAUUCAGGAACAUAGUUUAUUAUUGACAGCAAAUGAUGGAGGUAAACCCCAGCUGACGGGCACAGUUCAGCUGCUGAUCACAGUUCUGGAUGUGAAUGACAAUGCCCCAGAAUUUGACCAAUUCAUUUAUAAAGUGAGAGUGUUAGAGAACGCACUUAAUGGAACGUUAGUGAUCAAGCUAAAUGCCACAGAUCCUGAUGAUGGUACAAAUGGAGACAUAAUCUACUCAUUUAGAAGGCCUGUAUCGCCUGCAGUGUUAUAUGUAUUUAACAUAAAUCCCAACAGUGGAGAAAUUAGGACAAAAGGUAAACUGGAUUUCGAAGAAAAGAAAUUGUAUGAAAUAUUCGUGGAAGCAAUCGACAAGGGGAAUAUUCCAAUGGCCGGUCAUUGUACCAUUUUGGUGGAAGUACUAGAUAUAAACGAUAAUGCCCCAGAAGUUACCAUCACUUCUCUGUCACUCCCUGUGCGAGAGGAUGCUCAGGUGGGUACCGUUAUCGCUUUAAUCAGCGUGUUCGACCGUGACUCUGGCGCCAACGGGCAGGUGACCUGCUCACUAACAUCCCAUGUCCCCUUCAAGCUGGUGUCCACUUUCAAGAAUUACUAUUCGCUGGUGCUGGACAGUGUCCUAGACCGCGAGAGCAUGUGGGCCUAUGCUCUAGCAGUGACCGCGCAGGACGGCGGCUUGCCUUCACUGUCGGCCACAGCCAGCGUGUCCGUGGAGGUGGCCGACGUGAACGACAAUGCACCGGCGUUCGCGCAGCCCGAGUACACGGUGUUCGUGAAG